AUGUUGGAUGUUUUCAACUGCGGGCAGAAGCCUUGGACUGACAAUCAACCAUCACAACCCAACAUCUUCAAUGGAAGCUUGCUCUUGUACGGGAAGCACUUCACUUACCUUGGCAGCACCCUCUCCAGAGACAACAUUCUGGAUAAGAAAAUUAAAAGGGGAAUCAAUGUAGCUUCAACAGCCUUUGGUAAACUGCAAACGCAAGUAGGGAAGCGUAAAGGCAUACGUCCCCAAAGAAAAUGUAAAGUGAACCGUGCAGUGCUACUCUCCUGCCUGCCCUACUCAGCGGAAACAUAUACGCUAUACAGACGCCAUAUCAAGAGAUUACAGAGAAUACAGAUGUCACACCUCCGACAACUCCUUAAAAUCAGCUGGAGAGAAAGGAUCUCAAAUUCCGAGGUGAGAGCCCUUGCAGACAUGUCUAGUGUUGAAGCCAUCCAUACCCAGUGCCAGCUCAGAUGGACCGGUCACGUCAUCCGAAUGGCGUUUGAUCAUAUCACCACUGUUACUCAUGCUUGUCAACCAUUUAUAUCUUCAGGGCCUUGUAUCUCUGCCACUCUAGGCAAAGGCAUCUUCAUUAGUGUGGUCGAUUGA